UUUUUGGGAAUCAAAACAUAUCUCAACACACUUAAAUAUAAUAAAAAAUAUAAAUAUAAAUAUCACUCUAAAACCACCCAUCUUCUCCAUCCACCCCACCCGGUAAGCUUUCAUAUCAAGAAAGAUAAAGAGUAAACAUUGUUUUUCAAACCAUGGCUGCGGUUACUCAAUUGCAAAGGCAGUUUAUUGAGUACGCAACAUCUCUGUAUAAUGAGGGAUAUCUGGAUGAUCAAUUCACACAACUUCAGAAACUGCAAGAUGAGACCAACCCAGACUUUGUGGCUGAAGUGGUGACUCUUUUCUUUGAAGAUUCAGAAAAGCUGCUCAACAAUUUGGCAACUGCUCUUCAACAGAAGAUUGUGGAUUAUAAACAGGUUGAUUCUCAUGUUCACCAAUUUAAGGGUAGCAGUUCCAGCAUAGGGGCGCAGCGAGUCACGAAUAUGUGCGUUCACUUCAGAAACUUCUGUGAGGAGAAAAAUCUUGAAGGGUGUGUGCGGUGUCUGCAGCAAGUAAAACAUGAAUACAUUCUGGUUAGGAACAAACUCGAAGGAUUGUUCAAUUUGGAGCGACAAAUCUUGCAAGCAGGUGGAUCAAUCCCUAUCAUGGAAUAGUGCAUUUUCUUGAUGUCUAAUGGUUUCGUAUGGCAAUCUAGUGAGUAGAGAUUAUGUGAAUAACAUUACUAUUGUUUUUCGUCUGAAGAUUCUGCUUUGUACUUAUGAUUUUGGUAUUAACUUGCCAUGUCUGAUUAGCAGCAUGGGUAUCUCGUUAUUAUCUACACAAUGGUCUGUAACCCAUUAUUAUAACGUUGUUUUAUUGUGUGUGAAUGGCGGUGGUAUGAUUGUUAUCAUGAGGAGGGGUCAAUGAUGACGGUUUGUGGUGUUCUCUGUUCUUUGUAGGCUAAUACCGUAUGGUACCUUUAAUAAACAAUUUUGAUUUGAUUGUUGUUAACA